AUGAGUGUGCGGGUUGACACUUGUUGCUCGGCAAAAGCUGUCGGAAUGGAGAAAGUGCAACAGCAUUAUCAUGUAGAAGAUGUGGGUAGGUUGCUGCUGGAGACGCAAGAGCAGCUACGAGCGAUGCGUGAGCAGAUGACAGCGGCCGCAGCAUCCAUGGAGGCCAACAAAUCACCCAAGCGUCACAGUUCAGUAAUAACAAAUGCUGAGGUGCAGGCCUUUCACGCUUUAUUGCAACAGACUGAGUCGGAACUUCGAGCCAAGGCAGAGCUCGUGUUGAAUGGCAUAAUCAACAGCAGCAACAGUGUACAUAAUAGCCAGGUUCAACGCAAUACUCGUCUACCGGCUGUCUCAGUUGCUGCACCUUCGCCUAUAAAGCAUCGAAGGGGGGACAGUAGAGCAGAUGAAUUUGGGCAUAUAAAUCGAAUCGAUAAUAACUCAACCUCCAUGGAGUUUUUCCGCCAGCAAUUUCGCAACAAUAGAGUAGAGAUUCGGCAGUCUUUAAUGACAUCGCCUGAAAACUGGCGGCGAAAAAGUGGAGCUCGACGUGUGCGUAAAAAAACUACGCAGCACUAUCGUCUCUUGCCUUGUGUUAACAAAGCUGACCCAAGUGAACCGACACCAGAUCUGCGCGAAGAAGAUGCUACAUGUGGUCUACUAAACUUAGUCACACGCGGAUUUCUCCCUGCGUAUGCAGAUUUGACUCCGGCCUUUGCAGGACCUAACGGAAAAAGUAAUGGCUCUGGUGGUUGUGCUCUCAAACACCGAGCGACCUACAUUUACGAUCGGUCGAAGCGAUCAGCACGAUGUACACCGCUUGUCUACUCCAUAGGCUUCAACCUUGCAGGACUUAAAUUCGAUUUUCGGACCUCGUCAACACCUUCAUCCGCACCUAAACCUAAUCAUUCUGCCACGGUAUCCGCUUCAAUGCCCAACACAAAAUUUAGCUCAAUAAUGCAGACAGUAUCUUCUGGACCUGCCAAGCGAAAUUCGUUGGUCGUAGCUGCCCCAAGGAAUCAGAACGAAGACAUCGAGAAUAAUUGCACUCAUUCUUUUGAAGACCAGGAAGACGAAGAGGGUUCCGACGACAGUGACAUAAUUAAAGAUGAAGGUUUUAGCACCAAGGACUUGGCUGUCAACGUUGCCAAAAUCCGUGAAUAUAACGAUCUAGUAGAUGCUUAUAGUUUGCACCAGAUUUUGAUUUAUAAGGGGCGUGCUAUAAGAGACACGCCCGAAUUUACUUCGUUCCGCCGGGUUGUUCACGACCUUUGGGGAAGUGUUGAAGAAGUUCUACGAGCACUGGAAGCAAUUUUAUUUCAAUAUUUUGUUCCUUUGGCUCAUGUUGAUGGUCAGCGAUUGAUAGCACUCGCAUCAACAAACCAGCCUCAAUUUUCAAGACGGGAACUUUUGUCUUGUAUUGUAAAUAAAGAGCAAGUGAUGUCGGUAUUGCGGCGCCCGGGUCAGCGAUAUAAUGGAAGGGAUCGCAAACAUCGUGCUGCUACUACAAUACAAGCCUGCGCCCGUAUGUGGAUGGUACAUCACCGAUAUGUAAAAUCUCGUAGCAGCAAUAUCAACGCAAUAAAAAUUCAGUCUGCUUUUCGUGCCUACAGUCGCUGUACAGCCCUUAAAGCUCGAUUGCGAGAGAUUCGCUGCGAAAAAGCAGCGAAAUGGGAGGCAAGAAUGUACGAAUUUAAGUCUCAAUGGUCACAGAUUGCAGCACGCCGGCGUAUUGUGGUUCAUGUGCCGUCAAUGUCACUCGGAGAGCAUUCACGUCUCAAUGCUGAAAAUUUCGCAGUACAGCAGAAUCUUCAACUUACCCGGAUAUGUGCUGCUGCCUUGGAUUUGCAAGUGGAUCUGCUCGUAUAUGUUUCACCUUACGAGCUCACAGCAGAUGUUUCCCAGUACUUUCACAAACUGUUACAACUUAGUGGUCCUGCUGACAGCCGACCACGCGUGAAGUUUGUGUAUCCGGAGCAAGCUGCGCGGUUUCCAGCUCAUUUUUCACUCUCAUCGUUAAUACUCUACUCGCCCUAUUGUCUUCGACGGAUCCGACACUACACUGCUGGUAACGAGGCGUACCUUGUAAUGGGAUUGCCUGGUCCUGAAGAUCAACGGCUAGCCAUAACGCUAGACCUUCCGAUACUUGGUGCGCUACCGUCUCAAGCUCUGCCAUUGCUCACACGAUCAGGUGGCAAGCGAUUAUUGAUCCAAGCCGACAUAAAUGUCCCCACUGGCACUUAUGAGUUGUACGAUGAACAUGAAAUCUCUGUAGCACUUGCCAAACUUGCUGUCGCUCAUAUCGACCAGUCGAAAUGGCUUAUCAAGCUUGACUACGAUCCUCUCGGUGUAGGCGAAGCGGUCGUUGACCUUUCAAGCAUGCAAGCGAUGCGUGAAUUGCACCGUGAAAAGCGUACACCAGAAUAUUGGCGACAACCUGGUACUCGGGACGCAGCUGCUAACCUGUUUUUGACGGAAUUUGAGCGUCCGGGCAAGCUAGCACGACUUACGACACCCAUACACACCGAAUUAUAUCCGACUUGGCGAGAAUAUGCCGCAGCUAUUGGUCAUUUCGGCUGUGUUAUCGAAGCUGUUCCUCCAACAGCUAGUGCUGCUUCGAUGGAGGAGCCAACUUACUUGCGAGCAAAUAUUUUUGUCGAUCCGAAUGGUACUGUACACAUGACGUCGACGCAGAAUGUGCUUACAACUACAAGGGGCGGAUUAAGUCGAAAGUCUGAAAUUUUUGCGUUUCCGCAAACAGUGGCGCCACAUGCGGCAAUCAAGGGUGCAUGCAAUGCUGUGGGAAAGCAGCUAGCCGAAACGAAUGUUUGGGGCUAUGUGAGUUUAGACUUUGUGGUCUUCCAAGAUAUUAAGUCUAAUGCUGCAGUACGACUGUGGGCCCUUGCGAUACACCCAUUUUUAACAAAUUCAGCUGCAACCUUCGCAUGCUUUCAUCUGCUGACUCGCGGCUGUUUGGACGCUAACUCCGGUAUCUACCGAGUGCCUGGUACUAAAAAGUUACAGACUGCGUGUACUGCAGAACAAAGCGGAAAUCAUGAUGCCAUGGACUUGCUAUUACGUGAAGCUUCGCUAACCAAAGCCAUAUUUCAAGGUGCCACGCGCUGUUAUGUGGUGUGUUCGUAUGUGUUUCAUCCAAACGUGACCGCGACGCAGUAUACUACCUUCUUCCAAAACUGCAGGCUUCAUGGUGUGUGUUUUGACGUGAGCCGAGCUUUGGGUACACUCUUUUUACUUGCCGAUAGUCUCACAGCUGGCGUCUUCGGCAUCUUGAGCAUAGGAGAGACCGCUCAAGACGCUUUGUCGUACUUGCGAACUGCUUUGGAGGUGAUCGGCCGUGAAGCUGGCGCGACUAAAGGCAUAGUUUCUUCGUCUUCUCGAUCAGUCCUGGGCAACUUUGCUGAUGUCUUGUCGACUGUCCGAGCGUCCACAGGUGGAGGCAGUAGCAACAGACUUGGUCAAGUGCACCGGAUGCUCAAAUUAUAA